AUGAGUGACAAAGAUAAAGUCGCGAAUCGUCCUCUGUCUUUCCGAAGCAAUUUUCGCCCCCUUGAAGAGUCGGUUCCUACCAUUAAGCCAGGACAGAUAUAUGGUUCAGUCUCGACCCCCAGUUUUGUCACUUGCAAUGCCAAUGAUGCAGUCGACUAUCGGGUCUCGCUUAUAACUACCGGUACUGCAGCCCAUGUUUUAUCGCCAGAUUCUGUUUACGGUCUCUCUGGCAGAGUUCUACUCUUGAACGGUCCUGCGCCACCGAUCUUCAAUUAUUACAUUGAAUUGGUAACCAAGAUUUGUUCUGCGGCGAAUCAAAUUGAGGAUUCAACCGAUAGGACUUUUACUUCUGGCGUCGGCUUAGUCGUUGGAUUACUCAACUCAAAUGUGGAUGCUGAUCUUGAGGUCCAGAGCGGAAAAAAACAAGACCUCCAUGUUCAAGUUAACCAUAGGGACUGGGAUCCUACUAAUUUCAAUGUGAAAUAUAUUAUUCCGGCAAAUCCGAAGCUCGUGAAUACUCAUAUCAUGAUUCGGGUCGGGAGGGAAUUUGUCUUCGACGGGUACUUAUCUGGCUGGGACUUGAAAGAUCAUAGCGCUAUUAUUACGGUUUUGGGCUUUAGUCCAAUCAACAUGGGCUUUUCAUCACCGGGUCCUAAGACCAAUCCCUCAUCGCCUAGGACAAGCCCUGCGACCAAGGGUCGUAAAUUUAUAACAUUCGAAGAAUCAGACUCAAAGGUUUCCCAACCUUCAGUACAGUCCGCAAAUAGUAAUGUAGACGGAAAUGAUUUUCGAACCCCCGUUGCUUCAACCUCUGGCUAUUCUUCUAGACCUGGAUUGCUUGAAGCAGAAUUAGCAUCUGACCCAGCUCAAGCUGUAGGGUUGAUCGAAAAAGGCAAGACGAAAGCUGUAGACUCACCCCCAGUCGUCAAAAAAAGACGCAGGGCCGCAGGGAUCAUUUCUUGA